CGUACACACACCCACACCCACACACACACACCACACUCUCCUGGAUGUGCGUUAAAACUCCAUAACUAACGUGUCUCUGGAGCGUGAGACGCGUGUGGAGCCACGUGAGACGCGCACGGUUUCACCUGUAAUAUGCGGAGCAUCUGCAUGAGAAUGUGGUUUCCUGGAUGUCGGAGCUUUAGAUUUAGAAACAUUCUGGGACUAAUUUGAAAACCUCUUGAUCAUCGAGCACGGGUUCUUUUUUACAUUUUUUUUUUUUUUUUUUGCGAAAACCCAUGGGAAUGGCCAAGACGUCGCUUCUGGAUUUGGGCGUUUUGAUUUUAAUCGGAUUAACAGCCGCACGUGCAAAAGGCGUUUCACUGCACCGGCUUGUCGCGCGCGAGGACAACGCGUUUGAGCCCGAGCGAGUCAGCACUCCAUCGGCACCGACGGCACGAGCGCACGAAUCCGCCGACGACCACGACGACGUCGUCACAGGAUCGUCGUACGACUCUCUUCCGCGGAACAGAGUCAAGCGGUGCACGUGCUAUACGUACAAAGACAAAGAGUGCGUUUAUUAUUGCCACCUGGACGUCAUCUGGGUGAACACGCCGGAGCGCAUUGUGCCAUACGGCAUGUCAAGUUACAGAGGAUCUCAGCGUGCCCGGCGCUCUGCAACAGAAGGUGGAAAGAUGCAGCGAUGUGUGUGUGCUCUGCAAAGCGACUCACAUUGCAACAGCUUCUGUGGGAAAAGGGGGCGGUUACCCUGACCAUCUGUUGCUGGACAGCCAAUCCAUGCUAGAAACGUCCUUCCCAUGCAUUCUUCUGUCCUAACACCUGGACUUACCUUAGAGAAAAGCAGCUUAUCUGUCUGAAGAGGAGGACUAAUUCCAUUAUCCAGAGAAGAGACAUGACAGGAAAGAAGAAGAACACAAUGGAGGGUUUGUGGAAUGCUUAAGCAACUAACGAGCCUGUAGAAUAAGAUUGGAGUGCGAUUCAAACAGCGGAUAUUUAACACAACAAACUGGCCUCAUGCUAAUUCAUCAUGUUACAGCUCGUCUUUUGCACCCAACACCCGAGGCCGGCUUUUUCCACUGACUAUUGGCUCUGCUUUGUCGGUAUUAAUCAAAGACACGCAGAGCUAAGAAUCAAGACUAACCACUAUAACAAUCUGAUUUCCGAAUCACAGAUUAUCAGAUUCGAUGGCUGUACACUGUAGAUACUAAGACGACGUCGAUCUGUUUUCUGAUUUUGCAGCCAACAAUACCGUGUGGAAAUGCUUCUCAUUAGAUGGCACUUAAAUAAGGACUCGUUAAAGAAGAAAAAAAGAGAACUAUACAGAAAGCAAGACGUUUUCAUCUGUUCAUAUACCAGUAAUUAAAAUGAUCUGUUUUAUAAUAUAAACUUAUUAUAAACUAUAUUUUUACUUGUGUAACUUUGGGCAUUGCGUCACAUAAACAAUUUCAGCAUACAAAUUCUAACAAUUUAUUUUGCCGUAUUGUGUGAUAUAAUUGACGUGAUUCACCUUUUUAUGACAAUUGGUGACAAUCACAAUGAUUGUGAUUAUUGGUGGUCUUUGAGGUAUCCUACUUUUCAUUAACUUCAGAAUUCUAAUAUAGUAGAUGUCAUUACGCAUACUGGCUGUCCAGAUAAAACUGUGUGUGUUCAUUUGUUAAUGUCAUUCGAUUCCUCCAUUUAUAACUACGUUCUGGAAUGUCUGUGAAAGUUAUUUCCUGUACUCAUUUUAUAGCAGCUAUAAAUAGUCGUUCCUUCACCAGCCUUUUUGGACAACCGGACAGUUGUAGAUUUGGAAAAAAAAUUACCUGGUCUUUUUCCAGUCUCAUGCAUCAUUUAUGCAGAUUUGUUGUGUCUCUAACAUAUUAGUCUCAGUUUAGUGUUUUUGUCUGACAGGAGUGCAACCUGAUGUACACUUCUGCUGUUGUAGCUCAUACAAUCUGAGAUGCUUUUCCUGAGAUGCUUUUCCGUUCACUACAGUUGUAAAGAGUACUUAUUUAAGCUACUAUAGACUUUCUGUCAGCUAAGAUCAGUCUGGUCAUUCCCCUCUGAUCUCCCUCAUCAGAUCCUCAGCACAUGCUGGGUGCUUUUUGCUUUUUGCACCAUUCUGUGUAAACUUUUUCAUGGUAGCAAAUCAGCAGUUUAUGAAAUACUCAAACUAGCCCAUCGGAUACCAACAAUCAUGCCACGGCACUUCGCGUGAACAUUAACACGAAGCUUUUUACCUGUACCUGCGUGGGUUUUUGCUAUACUGCCAUGUGUUUGGCUGAUGAACUGGCAUGAAGGUACAGGUGUUCCUAAUAAAGUGGCCUGUGUGAGUAUGUAUAGAUUCCCUAGAUUUUCCCAGACAAUGGUUCUUCAAGCAUUCUCAGCUUCCUAAAAGAAUUGUAAUAGGAGCUCUAUCUGCCAAGGAGACCUUUAGAGUUAAGUAUCAUGACCAUAUAUGGACAUAUUAAUACAAGAGCACUGUUAGUUCUUGCUUCUGAUUGGCCAGAAGAUGUUGUGAGGGAACGACUGUUUUUAUAUCUGUUGAAUAAAGAAAAUGCCAUCUAAUAUUUCUUAUUAUAUGUUUACUAGAUGUAUUUAUUCAUUCAGAGAAUCGAUUCGAGAAUCAAAAACAUCUGAAAACAGGUUUAAUCCUAUUAUAUUUGCUUAAACAAGCUAAAUAUUAUUUGAAAUUAAUUAUUUAAUUCAUGGAUGUUCCCCAACACUAAAUGAAACUCAAUACAGAUAAAAAGUGACAUUCUAUAAUGAGUAAGAAUGUUUAAAUGUUAGCCGAUUUUAGACUUAUCUGUGUUUAUUACACUACAUUUCAUCUCAAACAAUAAUAAACCAUUAGU